GGAAACGGUUGCCAAUGCAACAAACAGACAAACGAUCUCUGCCAUCGAGCAUAAAUAACCAAGGAGAGGAUGCGAAGAAUAUGUACACCAUAACAUCCAGGGAGUUUAAAGUACAUACUUGUGGGCGAAUGAGACAUCCUUUCAGUGGCUGCUGGCAACCUUUCUUCAACGAUCCAUCUCAGAACAAACAACAACACUUUUUUUUGAAUUACUUCUCGAAUCGGUUUCUCAAGAUUGCAUAGUAGAAGACUCUCUGAUCGAUGGAUUUCGCUGAGCUGAAACACACCCUCCGAUCGAUCAACAUCGAUGUAUUAUAUUCGGUGACCGAGCGGACGUUUCUCUCUCCGUUUUUUGCAUGUUGGAUUCCGCUGCUAGCGUUAGGCCAGAGUGCGCCGGGCUUCUAUUAUUGGUCGCUGCGAUUCCUGUGGUUUGUGCUGUUCCGGACCGCGCUCUGUUGGAGCUCGCAGAUGUGGAGGAACCGGCGCUGGAGACGGGGCCAGAUCGAUUGGAACGACCAGGUCGUCCUCGUCACCGGCGGCAGCGAGGGGCUCGGAAGAGUGCUCGUCGAGACCCUCUUGCUCAAACAUAUCUCCGUCAUCGUCCUCGAUAUCAAGCCCUUCUCCGAUCGCGACGAGGAAGAAGAAGGCGACCUCAAGUUCUACCAAUGCGACGUCUCCGACCCUCAAGCUGUCGAAAAGGCGGCCAUCCAGAUCCGCAAAGAUGUCGGCUCACCCACGAUCAUCGUCAAUAACGCGGGAAUCGUGCACGGGAAGUCGCUCCUCGAACUCGAGCCUGACGAGCUCCAAAAGACCUUUGCCGUCAACGUCUUUGCACACUUCUAUCUCUACAAGGCGUUCCUACCAGACAUGAUCAAACGCAACUCAGGCCACAUCGUGACGAUGGCCUCGAUCCUGGGCCAUGUAGGGGUCUCCCGAGUAGCCGAUUAUUGCGCCUCCAAAGCCGCCGCGAUCCUCUUGCAUCAAUCCUUGAGAGAAGAACUACACUCAGUACACCAUGCUCAUGGGAUUCAUACCACUCUUGUUUGUCCGGGCUUGAUGAACACCAAAAUGUUCGAAAAUGUGAAGACAUGGAACGAAUUCAUGUUUCCAAGGCUUUCACCGCAUGAACUAAUGAAGAAGAUCAUCCAGACGAUCGACAAUGAAGAUUCGACGGAGAUUUACAUGCCAUUGUACACCAAAUUCAACUUCAUCUUCGAUCUUUCGGAGUUCUUCUUGGUCCCUUCGUGGUUCCUGAGCUUCCUGCAUUGGUUUGUUGGCUCCAAUCGUGCAUAUAAUCCGCAUCUUUCUGAUCCUGCUGCUGCUGCUGUUGAUCCAUCAGUCACACAUCAAAAAACUCGGUAGAUUCGGUUUUUCUGCUCUGGUUUCAAGGAUUGGGUGCAGACUUUUGAUGACCCUUUAUAAAUCAUACAUGGUGGUUUUUCUUUCUCUUUCUC